AUGGUGUUCAUGAGCUCGUCGGUGCUGGGCUGGACUCCCGUCCUGCAGGCCUGGUUACAGAAGCUCCCGGAGCAGCAGGCGGACGUCCUGAGAGCCUGUUUCACCUGCUGCUACCAGGACUUGUUGGACUUUGUCUCCACUGCCGUGUCUCCGAAGAUGCAGGUGUUGGAGUGUAUGUACAUCAGACAGACGAUUGACCUGCUGCAGGGUUUGCUCCCUGCGGCGGAAGACAAACAGGGUUGCCAUGGUGACGUGGGUCGGCUGUUUGUGUUUGCAGUGAUGUGGUCUCUGGGCGCCGUGCUGGAGCUGGACGACAGAGCCAAGAUGGAGGCCUUCCUGAAGAGCCACAGCUCGUCUCUGGACCUGCCGCAGACUGAGGACGACCAGACCAUCUUUGAGUUCACCGUCAGUGAGCAGGGACACUGGGAGCACUGGUCCAACAAGGUCCCAGAGUACGUCUACCCCAGAGACCACGUCCCAGACUACUCGUCCAUCCUGGUUCCCAACGUGGACAAUGUGAGGACGGACUUCCUGAUGCAGACCAUCGUGAAGCAGAGGAAGGCCGUGCUGCUGAUCGGAGAGCAGGGAACCGCCAAGACCGUCAUGAUAAAAGGCUACACCAGUAAACUCGACCCGGAGCUCCACCUCAGUAAGACGGUGAACUUCUCUUCGGCCACGCUGCCCGGCAUGUUCCAGAGAACCAUCGAGAGCUACAUCGACAAACGCAUGGGCGCCACCUACGGGCCGCCGGCGGGACGCCGCAUGACCGUCUUCAUCGACGACAUCAACAUGCCCGUCAUCAACGAGUGGGGAGACCAGAUAACCAAUGAGAUUGUGCGUCAGCUGAUGGAGCAGGGAGGUUUCUACAGUCUGGACCGUCCCGGAGAGUUCAUCACCGUGGUGGACGUUCAGCUGGUGGCGGCCAUGAUCCACCCGGGCGGCGGGCGGAACGACAUCCCGCAGCGCCUGAAGAGGCAGUUCUCCAUCUUUAACUGCACGCUGCCCUCCAACUCCUCCAUCGAUAAGAUCUUCGGCACCGUGGCUCAGGGCUACUUCUGCCCCGAGAGAGGGUUCCCCGCCGCCGUCUGCGAGCUCGCCGCCGCCCUCGUUCCUACCACCAGACGGGUGUGGCAGGCUGUAAAGGCAAAGAUGUUACCGUCUCCGGCCAAGUUUCACUACAUCUUCAACCUGAGGGACCUCAGCAGGAUCUGGCAGGGGAUCCUGACAGUGGUGUGUGACGUGUGUCAGAGCCCGGAGCUCCUCGCCGCUCUCUUCCAUCAUGAAUGUUGCAGAGUGAUCGCCGACCGAUUUGUCGACGCCGGCGACAGACGAACCUUCAACGGCAUCAUGGAGAAGAUCACAGCAGAGGAUCAUGGGAAAGCUCUGACUGAGCACGCUCAGUGGGACAGUCUCUUCGUGGACUUCCUGCGUGAAGCUCCGGAGGCGACGGGAGACGAACCGGAAGACAGCGAGCUGGAAGCUCCGAAG